AUGAGCGGGUCUGCGACGCCGCAGCGGCUCGCGAGCAAUCAUGCAGAAGAGGCAGAGCAACGAAAAGAGCUUUGGCAACGACUGCGGCAACACAAGGCAGAGCGGGUGGCGCGACAAUUUAUCAACAAUGCUGCGCGCGAUAAGCCCAUCACCCGGACGAAGCGGCACCAGGCCCUGCCCAUCGAACAAACGGCGCCUCUGAGCUUUCUGGAAACUGCCACCGGCCUCGAGGCAGAAGCCUCCGAGCGCAGGUCAACGGUCCGAGAGCCAGCAGCAAUAGCAUCGGCACAGCCUGAAGCUAUUGUUGAAGCCUUUAUGCAGCGUCGUCAAUACAUCCGCGACCAGCAGCAUCAUGCCGGUGAGGUGCGUGCGUUCCUCCAGAGCAAAAAUCGUGUUCCGGCUGAGAAUCGUGUCUUGGCUCAGGCGUUGGACCAGCCAGAUGCAGAUCACGGUCCAGCAAUCGUGGCUCCGGCCCAGUCAUACAAUGGACAGCCUGGACCGACUUCGCCCGUCCCAAAGACUGGCACGGGCACACAAGACACCACGAAACCAAGCCCGCUGCUUCCGGCCAUGGGCCUCGACCCGCACAUCCGGGAGUUUGUGCGGACGAACCGCUGGCAGCUUCAUGAUCUCUUUUCCCGCUUCAAGCGAACGCCUGAAGACUAUCAUCUGACGACAGAUGCGCUCUGCCGCUGGUUUGCGGUAGUAGGUGGACUAGCGGACCCGGACCCGAACGAGCGGCGCGUCAUGGGCCUACUGUACCGUCCCUUUCGUGGCGAUUUGCGAGGCAUCUCGACACGACAAAUUCAGCGCUAUGUGGCACACUGUGGUGUGGGCGCAGGGAGAUUAGUGGAUUACCGUUUGUUGCUUGACGACCACGUUUCGCAAGUGAUGAAAGAACAGCGUUUGCGUCACGACCGGGUUUCGCGCCGUCGCCAUGGACUGCCUCCGCGAUCUGAAGAGGAAGUGCAUGAAGCCAUUGCCGCAUGCUUGGCGCGCAAUUGCGAUCCGAAUAGCUGGCUUGACUCUUUGCCCUUAUGA